AUGUUCGGUUUACACCUUUCAACGCAAAGCCAUCGGCUGUUUGUUUUCGUGCCACUGUUCACUGCCUUCUUUUGGUUUGCAACCCUGCUUGCCAUGCUUCUUACUUGGCUUAUAUCUGGACGUCCCCAAUAUGUCUCUCAGGAGGGAAAAGUUGCAUACAUCUCAGACGUUGGCGCGUCAUUCCUCAAACCACUAUUUAUCGUUAGCUGCUGCAUCACUGGUGUGGGUUUUGUGCUCUCUCUCGUUCUUGAGCGACUUUUGCGGCACAGAGGCAGGCUUUCUCCCUCCAUGCGUAAAAGAGAGCACGUGUUUGAGAUCCUUGCCAUCCUAGGGUCAUUCAUCGGCGUAUUGGGCCUCGUCCUCCUGUCUGGCUUUGAUACCAAAAACUACGUAACUGCCCACCGCAUAUUCCUACUCGUCUUCAUGCUCGGUGUCAUUCUCUCCGUGAUCUUUAGCGUGCUCGAAUAUCACUGGUUAGUUCAGAGUCAUCCAGACAUCUACAAGCUUCGCCGUGCAUACUUGGCAAAGUUCAUCAUUGGAAGCAUCCUCAUUGUACUAGCUAUCGCCUUUGGCAUCACGCUGUAUUACGCUCCGAAUGUUGGAGGUGUCAUCGAGUGGAUCAUUGGAUUCGGGUUCACUAUCUACCUGCUCACUUUUGCGUAUGACCUGAGGAUGGCAAAAAUCAUGCGACAGGAGGAGGGAUCGGACAUGACGGAGAGGAGCCAAAUCUCGCAGGGACAAAGUGGGAAUAGUAGUGAACCCAGUUCGCGAGUGCGAGGGAGAAUGCACCGAGCGCGCUUUAAAUUCGCACAUUCCCUGGCGAUUUUGACGUAA